CAAUACAAUAUGGAAAUGCUUCAGAGGUAUACUUUUCCCAGAAUGAUGGAACGCGAGAUUUGGCCUUGUAUUUGGGACACCAUGACAAUAUACUGCACCGCAAGAGGUUGGUCAUAGAUAGAAAGGACUUUUGCUCAUUAGAGAAAUGGGAGUUGCUCGGAGAUAGAGCAUUUGAUACUCAAAAUUCAAAUUCUCUCCAUUCUCACCGGCCCUAUGGAGGAAAAUGACUGGUAUAAUAUGAAUUUCCCCGAAACAGAGGCUCUGUUAUUAUUCUUUACUUCGACAGAAUACUUUCUUCCCCAAUUUCUGAAAUCCAUGAAAAAGCUAAAGUUUCUGAUGAUAUUCAAUUGUGGUACAAACAAGGCAACACUGCAAGGUCUACAUGUCUUAUCUUCACUCACUCAACUCAAGAGUGUCCGCCUGGAGAGGUUGAUUUUACCCUUGGUUGAAAAACAGGGGAUUGAAACACUGCAGAACAUAGAGAAGCUAUCUUUGAGCUUAUGUCAAGGAUUUGAAAAUAUAUCCGCAUUCGCCACGCUACGAGAUUUUAACCUGGACUACAUCAAUGAUUUGGAGGAGUUGCCUAUUAUGCCAUCCACUCUGUCGUGCUCUAUUACCAACUGCCAUCGUCUUCAAAAGUUACCAUAUGAUUUUGGAAAUAUGAGCAAUCUAAGAAUGUUAAAGUUAUCGGCAUUACCACGCCUAGAACAGCUUCCUGUGUCAAUUGGGAAACUUGUACGAUUGGAAUAUUUAGACAUUUCACUAUGCGAGGGGUUGAAAGAACUUUCAAAGGAAAUCGGACAACUUAAGAAUUUGAGGGAGUUUGAUAUGAGAGAGUGUUCCAGUCUGACAACGUUACCUUCAGCUGUUUGUGAACUCAAUUCCCUGAAGCUUGUUACCUGUGAUGAGACAAUUGGGAAGCAGUGGUUGCAGGCGAAGAACAUUUCUAUUCCUGAGCUUAAAGUUGAAAUUGUGGAAACAUGCUUUAGUUUGGAUUGGCUUGAUGAAUGACUUCAUUUAUUAUCUCUUACCUUUAAGAACAAGAUCCAAGGAUCUUGACAACAUUGACACAAAUCAAUACAAGGUCCUCUAGAUUUUCGGAGGACUAUGGUGUCUUGUAUAAAGAAAGGAUGUCGGUGUCUGUAAAUGGGCCCAC